AUGCCGUCGAAAAAGAGCAGUAGCAAGGGCGCCACUGGAAGUGGCACUUCGAAAGGUGGUAAUAUGGGAAAGAAGGAAUCCAAAGGUGGUACUGCCAUCAAAGUUAGACAUAUUUUAUGCGAAAAACAGGGAAAAGCAAUGGAAGCCAUCGAGAAAUUGAAAUCUGGUUCGAAAUUCAACGAAGUGGCUGCAAAUUACAGUGAAGAUAAGGCUAAAUCGGGGGUAAUGCAUUUACUACUUGCAAUGUUAGAUUUUGGGUUUGAAAACAGAUGA